AUGUUGGCAAAACGUAACGGAUUUAUAAAAAGUAGACUGUUAUGCGGUGCGGUACUUGCUACGGGCUUAUUAACAUUACUCACUCCCGUUGCUGCUCGUACACAUGUUGCAUUUUUAUUUACUAUUCGGUUUUUAAUUGGAUUUGCCUCAGGGCCAAUGUUUCCGGCUGCAGGAGCUUUAUGGGGUAAAUGGGUGCCUCCGCUUGAGCGUAGUACAAUACCUCCGGCAGCCCAAACAGGAACGAACUUUGGUAUUAUAAUCACGACACCACUAGUCAGUUUAUUAAGUAGUUCAAAAUUCCUUGGAGGAUGGCCUAGUGUAUUCUACGUUUUCGGAGCAGUUGGUUCAUCAAUAUUUUUGGUUUCCAUCGGCUUUUGUGGUUGUAAUCACAUAAGCGCAGUUAUUUGUUCCGUAUUUGCUGUAGCGUUUUUGGGUUUUCAUAACAGCGGUUGUUUGAUAUCACAUUUAGAUGUUGCAUCAAAUUACGCAGGAGAAGAACAAGAAUGGAAUCGUCAAUCGGAAUAUGAAACUGAACAAGAAAUAAUUCAAUAA